AUGUCAACCACGUCUUCCGCCGUCCCGCCGACUUGUUCCCCUUCGAACGACGACUAUACCGUGGGAUGGAUCUGCGCCAUAAGCAUUGAGUACCUUGCCGCACAGCUCUGUCUCGAUGAAGAGCACGAAAGACCGGAAUAUGUGUCCCGCCACGACAACAAUGAUUACACAUUAGGCAGAGUUGGGAAGCACAAUGUCGUUGUCGCCGUUUUACCCGACGGGGAGUACGGCACAUCGUCCGCGGCAAGCGUCGCAAGAGAUAUGCUGCACAGCUUCCCAAACGUCAGAAUCGGCUUGAUGGUCGGCAUCGGCGGCGGGGCGCCAAGCCCCAAUCAUGAUGUCCGUUUAGGCGACAUCGUGGUCAGCGCUCCUCGCGAUGGGGAGGGUGGCGUGUUGCAGUAUGACUUCGGCAAAACGAUACAAGAUCAGAGCUUCCAACCAACAGCGUUCUUGAACCGGCCACCGACAGUCUUGCUGACAGCAGUGAGCGGGCUUAAGACCCAGUACCAGAGGAAACGGCAUCAGCUUGAAGAAGCCAUCAACCUCAUUCUCGAGAAGGAAGAGGACCUACGGGACGAACUUAGUCGGCCAGGCGCAAGUAGCGACAGACUAUAUCGAAGCGAUUUCGUCCAUCCUCCAGACAAGAAAAAUAGUUGCAUGGAAAUCUGUGGGGUUGAUCCAUCGAACUUAAUAACGAGACCCGAACGGAUAAAACAACCACAGAGUCCAGUAGUCCACUACGGCCUGAUUGCUUCAGCGAAUCAGUUGAUGAAGGAUGCUUUGGUUCGCGACAGACUUACGGCAGAAAUGAACGUUCUGUGCUUCGAGAUGGAAGCAGCGGGGCUGAUAAACCACUUCCCUUGCCUAGUUAUCCGCGGUAUAUGCGACUACUCAGAUUCCCACAAGAACAAGGAGUGGCAGGGCUAUGCAGCAAUGGUGGCUGCUGCAUAUGCGAAGGAUCUUCUCUGUCGAAUACCUCCAAAUAGGGUUGAAGCUGAAAAGAAGAUCGGUGAUAUUCUAUCCGGCCUCCAAGAAGUUGCAGAACAGAACCGGGACAUUGCAAAGGAGCAGCUCCAAGCCCAGAAAGAUCUAGCCAAGGAGAGGCUGUCCAAAGAAGAACAAAAGUGUCACCAGCUAUUCCGCCUCACAACUGGCAGCAGGGACGCCACAUACGAGUGGUAUAAAGACCGAGUGGAAGAAAGGGUUGAAGACACGUGCCUGUGGUUCCUCAAGCACGAGCACUUCCAGAUGUGGUUGAAACAGGACUCUGGCCCCCUGCUAGUCACGGCGGAUCCUGGCUGUGGAAAGUCGGUGUUGGCCAAGUAUCUGAUCGACCACGGUCUGUCACAAUCGGCAACUAUCUGCUACUUCUUCUUUAAAGACCAAGACCAGAACACCGUCCGGCAAGCACUUUGUGCGCUGCUCCACCAGCUCUUCUCUCAGAAGCCGUCUCUGAUUGAACAUGCCAUGCCACAAUUCCGCAAGGAUGGGUCAGGUUUAAUCAACUCUACAGCAUCGCUCUGGAAGGUUCUGCGGAACGCCAUAAAAGAUCCCCGGGCAGGACCUGUAACAAUUGUCCUUGAUGCCCUAGACGAAUGCGACAAAGCAGAGUUUCCGCACCUGAUGCAGAAUGUCGGCAGCGACCAGUCGGGCCUAAGCAGGGUGAAGUAUCUUCUAACGAGCCGCCCGUAUGAGCAGGUCGUGUCCAAGUUCCACAGCCUGUUGAAAGCUUUUCCAAAUAUCCGUAUACCAGGAGAGGAAGAGUCGGAAACCAUCAGCCAGGAAGUGAAUCGCGUUAUUGCGCACCGGGUCAAUCAACUGUCGGAGAUGAAGGCUCUCUCACCUCAAGUCAAGAGUCAGCUGGAGAAAAGUCUACGGGGAACUCCUCACCGCACCUAUCUCUGGGUAUUCCUCGUGUUCAACUACCUGGAGGAAGACGACUUUGUAAAAACACAAACGGGGGUCCAGUCUGCCAUUACAACGCCUCCGAGGAGUAUCAAUGAGGCAUAUGAGCAAAUUCUUAAUAAGUCUAAAGAACAUCCGAUGGUUCGGAAGGCUUUGAGUAUCAUCCUGGCCGCGAGUCGGCCGCUAACACUCCCGGAAAUGAAGAUUGCGGUGAAUAUAGACUACACAUUACAGUCUAUUCACGAGCUCGACUUGGAGGAUGACGAGCACUUCAAGAUGCGUCUCAGAUCUUGGUGCGGAUUGUUCAUCUCAAUCCAUCAUAACAAGAUUUAUUUUCUUCAUCAAACUGCUCGCGAGUUUCUCCUCGCAGAUUUGGUAUCGCCUACAACUGUCCCGUCAGAGCUACGCUGGCAUCACUCGAUCACUACUAACCACGCACACGCCGUUCUUGCAAAGGUCUGCGUGCUCUAUCUGAACUUCUUUAACUCUGACGCUUGUCUUCCAACGGGUGCGAAGAGAGAAGCCGGCCACUCCGUCGGUAGCCACGCCUUCUUAGAUUACUCGGCCCAAACUUGGGGCGCUCACUUCCGGGAGGCCAGUAUCAUGGAUGAUGAUGCCGUUGUACCUUUCGCUCUGAGAAUUUGUAAUCCGGAUUCAAACAGCUACUCGGUAUGGUUUAGAAUUUAUUGGAAGACUACACGUAUGAUGACUACCGAUUAUUUUACGGAUCUCAUGCUAGCGUCGUACUAUGGCCAUCGUGUCGUUGUUAAGCUACUUCUCAAAAAAGGCGCCGAGAUCGAGGCGAAAGACAGCACGUAUGGUCGGACGCCGCUAUCGUGGGCCGCCGGUAAUGGGCACAAGGCCAUCGCCAAGCUGCUGCUCGAGAAGUGCGCCGACGUCGAGUCCAAGGACAAACAUGGUCGGACGCCGCUCUCGCGGGCCGCCGAGAAUGGGCGCGAGGCCAUCGUCAAGCUGCUGCUCGAGAAGGGCGCCGACGUCGAGUCCAAGGACAAAGAUGGUCGGACGCCGCUCUCGUGGGCCGCCGAGGAUGGG